AAUGCAAACUCUGAUGUGGAAAAGUUUAAUUGGUGAUUUUCCAUACGUAUACUGCAAUAAACUAAAGGCCGACGAGAAGAAGCUGUGUUACGCCGUGUGCGGGAGAGAGACGGAGAACAAGUUGCUGUUGCAGAUCAGCGAAGCCGACCAAGUGUCCGACUUUGAAAGGAUUCUUAAUUCUAAUGCGGUACUCUGGGACCGCGCUCGACGGCAAGUGUGGCGAGGCACCGUACCGGCCCACACCCCUUCGGCUUCGCUGCUUCCGCGACCUCGCUCGACCUACUCCCUCCGCACAGUAAGCCAGGCUUACCACACCUUGUUCUACCAGCACGAGGAAUCCCUCCAGCAACUCAUCGAUCGAUACCGGCAAGAAGCGGCCGAUCAAAACAAGAAGUCCACAACGAGCUUACUAGAUAGCAAUUGGUUCGAGAACCUUACAGGUCUCACGGAGUUUUACGAAGACGAUCCGACGCUGCAAGAGGAAAUCGAAACGAUCACUGAUCGUAUAAUAGCCGAGGCAGCCCAGACUGAGGGCGGGGCCGCGAGCACACGUAAUAACUUUAAUGUUAAUUUGGCUGGACUAAUUAGUUUGCACGUGAACGGCGAGGGCGUAUCCCCGACCUUUCGCGACGACCUUGGUCCGUCGCCCGAAGUGGAAAAAACUGACGACGACAAGGAAUGGCUCUCCCCGAUUAUGAGUGCAAACUCUGUUGAUCGCCAUUUGCAGGAGAGCACGAAUAUCGACCGCUUGGCGCAGGACUUGAAUACGGUCCAAAUUGAUUGCGAUGGGAAGGUGCCGACAAUAACGUUCAGCAAUUGUUGCGAAGGCCGCGACCAGGCUGGCAAUCCGAACAAUAACGACGUCGUCAUUCACCUCGCCGUGCCCUCUACUGAGAGCACCGAUGAGGCGCGCCCGCCUAUGAUGUGACUACAUUGCGCCAUCCGGU